UUUUUUUUAAUAACAGUAUUCGAAGGAGUCUCCUUAACUUUUAAAAAGCACGACGGGAUUAAAUUCACAAUCACUCCAUCUGUUGCUCUGUGUCAUGAUGUUUGUCUCUGUCCCUGUCCAUAAACAACUGAUAAGACAAGACAGAUUCCUCCUGUAUAGAUAAAAUAUAUUUCUUCACAAAGGUUACUCAUCCAAGAGCUGCAUGCUACACUGCAAAAGGGAAGUAGUGCUAAUUUUGACAUUACACUUCAGCAAUCACAAGCAUGAAAAAGGCAAUUGCUGACAUAAAUAAUUUCAUUUCCACAAAUGUCUUUGCAUGCAUGUUAUGAGGAGACGUGUCACAUGCUAUAUCUCUGAAUAUCUUCUACGGUCCUCGUUCUUCCUGUGAGUUAAAGCAGAUUUCUAACUCACAGGAUUGUAACCCCUCACUCCUCCAGUUACUCAAGGUUCCUAUUCAGCAAACAGACACCGUUUUGGUGACUCAAAAUGAGAGAAGGCCUGAGUCUCUGCACAAGCACUGCUCUGUAAUGCUCUGUUCAGCACAGAAAGCACGUCUCUCUGCAGGCCCGGUCAUGUUCCAUGAACACACCGAGCCUGUGGUAACGAGUCCAGAGUCUCUCUGCAUUUUACAGCUCCUGUCUUAUCAUUCGCUAUGUUCAUUCCAAUGUUAACAACUACAAUGAUAAUACAAAGCAUUUAUGAAUUUAGGAUUAAUGUUGACCAUCAUUUUAAUUGCAGUGCAACAUGGAGCUUAUGUUCAAAACAAAAAAACAUGGCGUCAUGUUUUUUAUCUUGUCAGAAAGGUACUUAAAAGGUUAAUUUAACAGUUAUUUAAAAAUAUCAGUUUCCUGAUAACUGCAAAAAGUUCAAUAUUUUGCAUACAAACAAAUAACUUGAGUUAUCUGAUGUUGAGUAAAAGUAAAAACAAAUAAAAAAAUUCACAAAAGCUGAUACCAGAGGACCAUUUUUCUUUGUAAAGAUUGCACUGGUGUCGGUACGGGGAAUAUAGAAAUAGAUAGCUUCUAAUUAAGUAACAUGGGGAGGAUGGAGCUUGUAAUUAGAGGAUUGUCAGUUUCUGUGUUCUGUAUGAACUGAUGGGCUGUUUCACAGAUGAGUUCAAAUGCAGUUAGUAAUUUCCCUUAGGGUAAUUAGGAGAGUCAUUAUUCAUAUCUAUUAAUUGUAUUGACAAACCACAAAAGUCCAAGAGUCAAGGGUGAUGUCCUUCACAUUUGUCCUAAACAUUUACAUAAAUCACUUUAUUGCUAUUAAGGUCUUGUGCUGCAUAUUAAUAUUAAAUUAAAGAAGCCCUCAAACAUGCACUACAAAUGCAAAGCCUUCAGGAAACCAUUCAUCAUGUGAGAUUCUUAGAGUGAUCUAGUUAGUUGUGGUCCCUUUCAGUCUGUGCGCCGGAACGCUGAAACUGUGUUCUAGGCCAAGCUGCCUCUCUGAUCUUGCUCAAAGCGAUGGUUUUAGACAACUUUUAAUUAAAUCUAAAUAUGUUUUAUUUUAGAUGUGUCAAUGCAGUUGGCCUUAGUUUCCGUAAUGAGAGAGAUGGAGUUAAUUGAAGUAGCCAAUUGCAUUAUUUACCUCCACACCUGCAUUUCAAUUGUGUAAAAGAAAAUGCGUAAAAAAAAACAAACAAUAAUUUCUCUGUAACAAUUUUAGGACCAUCUUUAUGUUUGACCUUUGUGAAUAGGAACCAAGUCAAACAGCAGCAGCAACUGUUGAUGACAUGACACUGCUGUGAUAUCAGGAACUAUCAAACACUAGUACAAACAGUCUUUCGAACUGUGCUUCGUUUAGCUAAAAUAUGAAUUCCUGUUUCACAACCAGAUGUCUAGGGACCUUGUUCGCAAAAACCCGACACACGCAGGAGAUACGUACAAAAGUAGCAACAAAAACAAUAAUUUAAGAAGUGAUUCAGACCCGCUUUAAAAGCGUAAAAACAAAACUAUUUAACCUGUACUAAUCAGUAGAUUCCGUGCCUAGAGGAAGUGGCGAAAAAUGACAGUGACCAGAGCAGAUAAUCAGGCCAGAACAGUGUGGGAGCACGACCGAGUGAAAUAGGGGAAGUGACUAUUCACAGGCCUGUGGCUGUGCAGAACUGGAUCAGUCUAACACUCAGCAGUGAGAACACACUGCACCUCCACCCAAAGAUAAAAAAAAAGUUAACCACAGUGGAACAAACCCGCUUCACUCUACUGACUGCUUCACAGUUUCACAGAAAAUAUGCGGCAUUAACAGACUGGAGGGUACCCGCCCGCCCACGAAGCUGUGGCUGCAUCGUCCUAACAAGGAUGACCAACGGUGGAAAAUCUACCUUGGCCAGGCGUCUACACCAGCAGAUACCCAACAGCUGCAUCAUUGCACAGGAUACAUAUUUUAAGGAUGAUUCUGUUGUACCAGUGGACUGCAGUGGAUUUAAACAAUAUGACAUGCUCAGUGCUCUACAUAUGGACAAGAUGAUAAAUGAUGUCGAUUUAUGGAGAAAAGAUCCCGAGGCCUACAUGAAUGGACAAGGUCUAAACAAGGAGAUGAAAACACUGACAGCUGAUAAAGGGGUGUUUGUGCUCAUCGUGGAAGGAUUCCUCAUUUUCAACUAUGGGCCUCUAAAUGUUUUGUUUGACAAAAAGUACUUCAUGGAAAUACCUUAUGAUGUCUGCAAAGAGAGAAGAAGUUCAAGGGUUUACAAGCCUCCCGAUCCUCCAGGCUAUUUUGAUGGACACGUGUGGCCAAUGUACCUAAGAAACCGAGAGGAAAUGAUGUGCAUGGUGUCAGACAUGGUAUUUCUAGAUGGACUCAGUCCAAAAGAAGAGUUACUGGCUGCUGUUUAUGAAGAUGUUUGUCAGGAAACAGAAAUAGUUGAGAUCAAAAUAGAAACAGUAGGGGUCCGGUGAAGUUGGUCAAAGCUGCUGCUGUGGAUUUCAAGAAAUUAACUCUCACUUUCAACCUCUACCUCUAAUGUCAAUAAGCCGAUGCAAAAUCUGCACCACUUCCCUGACCAAUAAUUGUCUCUGUCUCGGAGGUGGUCAGAUAUAUAUAUUUAGGAAACCUACAUGCAUUAAAUGUUUCAGUAUUUUAUAGAUUUGGUCCUGAUACAUCUGGACAUUUCAUCUCUCUGUACAUUGUUUGUAUUUUAUCAUAAAUUAUGUAUUUGCCUUCUUGUAUCUCCUUUGGCCCACUCAGAGAGAAUAACUGGUGAUGCACCUUUUCAUAAUGAAAAUCAAAUGUUUUUGAUCUCACUCCUUUUUUGAAAUUGAAGGGAUUUACCAGCCAUCGUUCCCUGCUCUGGUUUGGUGAUGCAAUGUGUUUUCAUGAUUUAACAUCUGUUAAAGGAACUUUUACAGGGACCCAGGGAGAGAUAUAAAGAGGGAGAAAAACAAGCCUUUAACUAUAAAACAAAAUCAUGACUAUCUCCAUAGAGACAAUCCUGGAACAGAAUGCUGAUUUUUCUGUGUCUGUGUCAUGUGGCACUUAGCCAAUCCUGAGCUAAUCCUGCUAGCUCCUGCACACUGGGUAAACUUUCAAACUAUCUUGCCUUGAUGAAUUAAAACAAGAAAGUAUCACUAAUGUUAAGAUAUUUAAAUUUUGGGAGAAAUACCUGUUGGCGGAUUUAUUUAAAAAAAACCAACAACUACUGAAUACUGUUUCUUAUAGUGGGAGUUAUUGACAUACACUAAAAAACAAACAAACUGCAGCUGGACAUGGAACAAACUGUAACUCUUGUAGACUCAGCAGAAUAAAUUAAACUGAAGCAGUUGCAUUAAA